AGUUUGUCCUUCGGCGCGUCCCGUUCGGAUUUCGCCGUUGCUGGGUUCAGUGAAAAUGGAGAGCGACACCACGGUCCGGAGAAAAAGCAGUGCACUGCAAAAAAGUGGCGAUAUCCCGGACCGGCGAGGAAACAACGGCCGCGGGAGCGGGAAGAAAAAGCCUGAAGUCAGUUUGUUCUUGCUAAGCGAGGGAGUCGCGUUUGUUCUGCUGCUUGUAUUUAUCGGUCUGCUGUGUGGACUCGUCCGUUUAUCCUUACAGCAGCUCCUGAUAGGGAAGUCCACUGGCGAAUUCAACGCAGUGAGGGCUCGGAAACACCUGGAACGCAUCACAGGUGUGGGCCCGCGGGUCAUGGGCAGCGUGGAGAAUGAGGUCCUGACUGUGAAUUACCUGCUGGAGCAGGUGGAACAGAUCCGCAGUGAGAGUACGGCGGGGCCUCACGCCAUCAUGCUCGACCUGCAGCGACCCACCGGCUCCUUCAGCAUUGACUUCCUGGGUGGCUUCACCAGCUACUACGACCGUGUCACCAACGUCGCCGUCAGGCUCGAACCCAAAGAUGGAGCACAGCACUUUAUGCUGGCCAACUGCCAUUUUGACAGCGUGGCCAACAGCCCAGGGGCGAGUGAUGAUGCGGUCAGCUGUGCUGUAAUGCUGGAGGUCCUGCGCUCCCUGGCCAGUCUCUCGUCUCCUCUGACACACGGCGUCAUCUUCCUCUUCAAUGGAGCGGAGGAGAACGUCCUCCAGGCGAGUCAUGGGUUCAUCACCCAGCACCCGUGGGCGAAGCAGGUGAAGGCGUUCGUGAAUCUGGAGGCCGCUGGUGUUGGAGGAAAGGAGGUGGUGUUUCAGACAGGUCCAGAGAACCCCUGGUUGGUGCAGGCUUAUGUCCACGCUGCUGUACACCCCUUCGCCUUGGUUGUGGGACAGGAAGUGUUUCAGAGUGGGAUUAUUCCUUCUGACACGGACUUCCGUAUCUACAGGGACUUUGGCAACAUUCCGGGGAUUGAUUUGGCAUUCAUAGAGAAUGGGUUCCUCUACCACACCAAGUAUGACACCACCGACCGCAUCCUAACAGACUCCAUCCAGAGAGCAGGAGACAACAUCCUGGCUCUUCUCAAACACCUGCUCAUGUCAGAGAAACUGGCAGACUCCUCAGAGUAUCGCCAUGGCAACAUGGUGUUUUUCGAUGUGCUGGGUGUGGUGGCGGUGGCCUACCCAGCACGAGUGGGCACCAUCAUCAACUACAUGGCUGUCAUGGCGACCUUCCUAUACCUGGCCAAGAAGAACAAGGGAAAAUGUGGGCACUACCUGCGGGACCUGGCGCUGGGUUCGUGUGUGGCUCUGCUCAGCUGGUUCGCCACACUGCUGUCUGUGCUCAUCGUAGCUCUGGUUCUCACUCUGGCCGGCUGCUCCAUGUUCUGGUACAGCCACUUCAGUGUCGCCAUCGCCCUGUACGGGUCUGCUGCUGCCGCCAAGAUCCUUCUCGUCCACACACUCGCCAAGAACCUCUACUACGGGGGUGUGCGUAGAGUGGAGCUGGGUGAAUUGUUCUUUGAUGUUAGUCUGCUCCUGUGGUGCUGUGUGCUGCUCUGUCUCACCCUGCGGGGACUGUGCUCUGCAUAUGUGCCCAUGCUGAUGGUGGCCUUCCCUUUGGCCACCAAGCUCCUGCUCAGCAGCCACUUCAGACGCCAAGGUGCGUCCGUGCCCUAUGCCGUGCUGUACCUGCUGGGUCUGACUCUGCCCUACGUCCAUCUCAUGUUCCUCAUCUGGAUCGUGUUUGAGAUCUUCUGCCCCAUCUUGGGCCGCAGUGGCACCGAAAUCCCCCCUGAGGUGGUGCUUUCCUGCCUUGUCACCCUGGCAAUCAUCUUACUCUCCUCCUACUUUAUGCACUUCAUCUACCUGGCGCGUAGUUCGAGACGAGUGCUGACCAUUCUGGGGUCCCUCUUUGCUGUGAUGCUCCUCCUGGUCUCCAGUGGCCUGAUCUUCCCAUACUCAUCUGACCCAGACAGGCCCCGCCCUAAACGCAUCAUCAUCCAGCACACCACACGGACUUUCCACACUUUAAAUGGCUUGGUGGAGCAUGAGGACUCUGGCCUGUGGAUAAACAGCUUUGACUACACAGGCAUGAGCUAUAUCACUCCUCACAUCCCAGAGAUCAAUGACACUGUCCGCACUCAACGUCAUGAUGACCUGCCCUUCGGUGGCUUCCCCUGGUACCUGCCUGUUCGAUUCCUCAUUAAGAAAAGCUGGUAUUUGCCAGCCCCUGCAGCGUCCCCUAAAUCUCCACUUGAAUUCAGACUGGUUUCAAAACAAGUGACUGAAUGGGGGACAGUAAAGUUGAGCUUUGAAGCUAAAGGGCCCAGCCACAUGUCUUUGUACCUGCGUCCCAACACUGGGGUCUCCCUCUCCAGCUGGUCAUUCGGGGAUGGGACCCCACAGUUCGACUUGAACGGAGAAUACUUCGUAUUCUACGCCCACGGCCUGGACGCACCUGCCUGGCAGUUCUGGUUGGAGAUCCAGCCGCCUUCCGAACCCCCAGCCGACAAGGGGCUCAUCUCCGUAGCUGUCUCACGCCACUACUUCGGAGAGGCCCACCGGACCCCUCAGCUGGAUGCUCUGUUGGGGAGGUUCCCAGCGUGGUCUUUCCCUUCCUCUUGGGUCAGCUCCUACCACAUGUUCCGAUACUGACGUGCCGCUUGGCUCUCUGGACCCUGAAAGGAGGCUUGCGUGCGUGCUUGCGUGCGAUUGUGGGCACUCUUGCAUGCACUCAAUCUCAUCUGGAGCAACUGCAGUCCCACACUGAGUCUCUACGUGCAGGGUCUGGCUUUUCUUCAGCUUUGUAUCCAUGUGCCUUUUUCUGCUUUACUUUUCAUCUCAUUUCUGUUCCUUUCUGGGUUUUUUUUUCACAAUUUCUUUACCCUCUUCCUUCCUCUCUUCUCAUUUCCUCACACCUCUCUCUCUCUCUCUCUCCUCUCUUAUUCGGAUUUUCCCUUCCUACAGCAUCCUCUCGUCCCCUUUCUUUCCCAACUACACGGUCGUGUACGUCUCCCUCCCUGUAUUUACACGUAGUAGUUCAGGAGUGGAAGUACGACAGGGAGCCUGUCUGUGGUAUUAAAAUGUGCCUUGAGGUGACCUGGAGGGGACACUAAAGUCCCUGCAGUAUUUACAACCACAGAGACAAAGUAUUGAGAGACGCAAUAGAAGCCUCUCCACACUUGCAACUCCUGCAGGACACGCAAUAAACCUCGUGGGUACAAAUUUAACAAUGAUGUCAAACAGCAAUGCAACUAAUAUAUUAAAACCAUUGUUUCUGAGCAUAGAUAUUCUGCUUCAGCAUAAAUUCCACCGUCUUACACUCAGAACGUGUGUGUGUGUGUGUGAGAUGCGGAGGGUGAAUGAUAACUGGUUGAAGCAGAUUAAUGCGUGUUUGGAAUAUCAGAUUAAUGGGACGUUUUUUCAAUACCUAUAGAUCAUAAACGUCACCAUUAUGAUAUUACGAUUUAAGUUGUCUUAUGUGAUUUAAAUUCCUUUAAAUGGGUAGUGGGGUGUGAAAGGUGUAUGGGUUUUUUUUUUUUUGUGUGUGUGUGUUCCCCCCCACGUGUUUUCAUUUUGGUUAUAUUUCUGGGACUGCUUGGCCGUCUACCUGAAUAAUGACUGUACUGUUUUAGUCUUUUUCGCUGUCUCAAAGUGUGAGUUUUUAUUUGUUUUUAUUGUAAAUUGGUUUGUCUGCUGCUAAUAUUCCUUAAGGUGUUUGGGGAUCUCUUUCUUAUUCAAAUCAGAAAGGUCUGGGUGCGAACAUUCCGCCGAGCUCAAACUAAACAUCGAUUGCAUGAACCUUUAAACACACUGGAAAUCCUGCUGUUUAGUGGCUGUUUGUGUGUUUUAUUUUUUUCAAAUUUCAGUAUUUGUAAAAUAGUGGUCUGUACUAAAUCUAUGCAAUUGUGGGUCUUUAAUUUCAUAUAUAUUUUAGGCUGGAGAAUUAGGAGGGGCAGUGGAUGUGGUCAAACGCAAGCCAGGGAGAACAAGAGAAGCUUCUCUCUUUAUAGUUUUACUGCACUAUAGCGCCUCCGUUACUUCAGUAGGGUUGGGGCUUGACUCUUUAGGGUUGGGAUUGGGGUUAAUCCCAUAGUUCUAAAAGACAGCACUUAGAACGUAGCUGCAGAGACAAACUGCAGCAGAAUGAUAUAGUAUUACAUACAACUGACACGUCAAAUCAACUUGCAUUACAUUAUGUGGUUAAAAUGUCUACUACUACAUGAAGAAAAUAAAAGGAAUUUGAGUAAUGAACUAAAUGGUA